CCUCACUUGUCGCUGCGUUGCUCUCUGCCUUUUCAUUGUUCGCUCUCCUCUUCUUCUUCUUCCUCCUCCCCCCCCACCUUCUUAUUCUUCUUCUUUUAGACCAGUCCCUUUUUUAUAUACCGGGGACUUUGCUUGGUGUUUGUCUUGUUGUCGUUCUCUUAGCGUCUUCCCCACAUACACCAUGGCCGACCAGACCCCCGAUUCCUGGGAGGAUGAGCUCUCCAGACAGACUGAGGGCGUUCGUUUGAACCCCAACGCACAAGGUCGCCCUCAGCCCCAGGCUCCUUCUUUCCACCCUGGUGCUGCCACUUUCACCCCCGGUGCUGCUUCCUUCGUUCCUGGACAGACCUACCAGCCCUACGGUGGCGGUUACCCGCAGUAUGGCCAGUACGGCCAGCAGGCCUACGGUGGAUACCCUUAUGACCAGCAACAGCAGGCCUAUGCUCAAUACGGCGCCUACGCUCAACAACCUGGUGGCUUUAACAACAACCAGGUCUACAACCAGCAAUACGGUGGUUACCAGCAGCAGCAGCAGCCCCGUCAAGCUGCUGCCGCCCCCGCUGCCGCCCAGCCCGCUCAACCCGCCCCGAAGCCCGCCGCAUCCAACAACGCUGCUCCCCCCAAGGCUAAGGUCCUGUCUAUUGGCGGUGCCAGCAACUCCCCCGCCGCUCCCAAGACCAAGGUUCUUUCCAUCGGCACCCCCUCCCCCGCCCCCACCUCGAGCACGCCUUCUUCGACCUCCGGUGCCGCUACUCCUGGAGAUACCAAGGGUGCUGCCGCUGUUGAGGCGGCCGCUAAGGUGACGGCUUCCAAGGCUAUCGAGAAGACUGAGAAGAAGGCCGAUGCGAAGGCUGCCGCCAGCGGCAAGUCGUCCCCUACCCCCUCGGGUCGCUCUAGCCCUGGAAGAUCCAGUCCUGCUCGCGGCGAGGCUGCCAAGGCUGCUCGUAACGCCGACGCUGUCGCCAUGGAGCAACAAGCCGAUGUCGAUGAGGCUACUCUGAAGGAAAUCUAUGGUGAGAAGAAGGAGCACGUCAACAUUGUCUUCAUCGGUCACGUCGAUGCCGGAAAGUCUACCCUGGGUGGAUCCAUCCUUUACGUGACCGGUAUGGUGGACGAGCGUACCUUGGAGAAGUACAAGAGGGACGCCAAGGAGGCUGGUCGUGAGACCUGGUACCUCUCUUGGGCCCUGGAUCUGACCAACGAGGAACGUGCCAAGGGUAAGACUGUUGAGGUUGGCCGUGCUCACUUCCAGCUUCCCGUCAAGGCCGCCGACGGCAGCACCAUCACGAGACACUUCUCCAUUUUGGAUGCUCCCGGUCACAAGUCUUACGUCCACCACAUGAUUGGUGGUGCUUCUCAGGCCGAUGUCGGUGUCCUCGUUAUUUCCGCGCGUAAGGGUGAAUACGAAACCGGUUUCGAAAAGGGUGGUCAGACUCGUGAGCACGCCCUGCUUGCACGAAACACCGGUGUGAAGACCCUGAUCGUCGCUGUCAACAAGAUGGACGACCCUACCGUUGAGUGGAGCAAGGCUCGUUUCGACGAAUGUACCGUCAAGGUGGGCAAGUUCUUGGAGAACCUCGGCUACAAGAAGAGCGAUCUCUUCUUCAUGCCCAUCUCUGCCCAGAGGACCACGGGUAUCAAGGACCGCGUCCCCACGGACCUUGCUCCCUGGUAUGGCGGCCCGUCCCUUUUGGAGUUCCUGUCGGACAUGAAGGUGCCCGAGCGUAAGAUCAACGCACCUUUCAUGAUGCCCAUCAGUGCCAAGUACCGUGACAUGGGUACCAUGGUCGAGGGUCGCAUUGAGUCUGGUGUGCUUAAGAAGAACGGCAGCUGCAUCAUGAUGCCCAACCGCACCAAGGUCGAAAUUGCUGCGCUCUAUGGUGAAACUGAGGACGAAAUCUCCACCGGUACCUGCGGUGACCAGGUCCGUCUUCGUCUCCGUGGUGUGGAAGAGGAAGAUAUCCUGCCCGGAUUCGUGCUCUGCUCUCCCAAGCGUCUGGUGAACUGUGUCAAGACUUUCGAGGCCAAGAUCAGAAUUCUUGACCUGAAGAGCAUUCUCACGGCUGGUUACAACUGCGUGAUGCACGUGCACUCUGCUGUCGAAGAAGUUACUGUUGCGGCACUGCUGCACAAGUGCGAGCCCGGCACUGGACGUCGCAGCAAGCGUCCCCCUCCUUUCGCUGCCAAGGGCCAGACCAUCAUUGCUCGUAUCGAGGUGACGAGCACUGCUGGUGCCGUUUGUGUCGAGCGCUUCGAGGACUACAACCAGAUGGGUCGGUUCACUCUGCGUGAUCAGGGUCAAACUGUUGCCAUUGGUAUGAUUACCAAGCUCAUCUCUGCCGAAGAGGCGGCGGCGACACAGGCGUAAAGUGUGAAUGUCUUUUCAUUAUAAAUAGCAGUCCCUACGGUGGUCAACGGCGAUGUCUAACGAGCUACGACUGUCGACCGGGAGGAAUGGGCGGGAAAAGGCUCGGUGAUGAUAUCCCAAUAGCAGCCUGGUUUGGUUGUUGCUGAUGAUGAUGAAUUUUGAUGUUCCGUUUUAUUUUUUUUUUUUUUUUUGCUCCUCUGCUCC